AGUCAUGGUAUAUGGAACAGCAAGACAUGAAAUCGAGACAUAGAGAAUGUGGGGUCGGUUAUCGGGAGUUGCAAACAACGUUGCUGGAGUUGCAAGCAAUGUUGCUGGGUUUGUAGGCCACACUAACGAUGAGCAACUACAGAGCGAACUGGACAGUUACCGGGACAUUCUCAGCACAACCCAGGAGGAACUCAAAUCUGCUCGACAGACGAUAGAGGAGAGGGAUCAGGAGAUCUUUAAUUUGAGCACAGCAAAUGUUUCUACAUCAGAGAACCGAACCUCAGAAGAUGUUGAGAAGAUCCGAAACAAGCUAGCUAAAAUAUCCCUGAACGAUCCGGACCAGAUCGAGGAUGUUAUCUCAGAGAUAUCUUUUUCAUUAUCGGAGAAAUCCACGACAAUUACUAAACUACAGACUAUUAUUGACGAGAUGAAAGAGAAACAGAAUGACCAAGAUUUGCCCCCAAACAGUCCAACAUGUGACGAGUUUUACGAGAGCCAAAUCUCCAGACUUACUGAUCUGUGCACUUCACUGAAGCGCAAAGAGAAGAACAUCUUGAGUGAAUUGGAAGAGCUGAGGUGCGAGUUGACAGACGCACGUGCAGAGAUUCACCACCUCAAAACGGAGAAGGGAACGAGUGAGGUGGGGGGCGAGACUCAGGACCUCAUCACCAGAUUGGAAGAAGAAAACAGGUUACUGCUGUCCAAAGUUGCUUCAGAGGCUGCUCACAAGGAUAUCUUGCGAGACCAACUUGAUACUCUUAAAGAAAACAACCAGGAGAAAUUCCACCUGCUAGAUAAUAUAAAAGAGCUCCAAGAAGCAAUGCAAGAUAAAACAGCAGAGUUGACAUCAGAGCGUACUAAUGUAGCUGAUCUCACUGGCGAAGUUGACAAUUUGCAGGAACAGCUUGCUGCCUUCCUCGGGGAGAAACAGAAGAAGUUACAGGGAAAUCUAUUCGAAGUUAAAGAGACAGAAACAAUGGACGAGGAGAUAGAGAGGAUUAAAGUGGAGAACGGAAUGUUGAUCACCAAAAUCAGCGACCUCAUGGCUGCUAGAGACAAGGCCAGAGAAGAGAUAGAGCUGUUGACGGAGAGAAUGUCCUCGUCUAAAGACAGUCUCCUAGUAGAACUCCGAGAGAAGGAACAUGAACUAGAGGACGCUAUGAUGAUAGUAUCUCUUCUUCAAGAACAGAUCAAGGGUAAGGGUGGGGAGGAGGCUGAUAAAGUCACCUCUCUGUUGGAGGAGAUUAAAGAUAAGAACAGUCUUCUUCCUAAAGUAUCCUUCCUUCAAAAAGAGCUUGCUGAGGCAAGGAAACACGUGGAAGAGUUGAAAGAAUCUGAGACCGCUCGGAGGUUAGCUUGUGGUGACGAACCUGGCGUCCUUCAUGACGAGAUCCCGCCCAUGUCCGCGUCGCACUUUGCGCCGGAUGUGGAGGACGUGGAGGAGCUACAAGAGAAGCUGCGCACCGCACACCGCACCCUGUGCGAGUGGCAGCGGCUGUGUUCUGACACUGUGGCCGUGUGGCGCCAACUAAUUGCCCAGGAAAUGGAGUUACUUGGCGAACAAGAGGAACCCUUAAAACAAAUUGAACAUGAUGUUUUUGCUGCUAUGCGUGCUUUUUACGUUGAGUUAGCAACGUAUGUCAAUGUUUCACACACGGCUAAAUUUGUGGCCCUGGACGGGUCAAGACGUCUGCCAAGUGUCACUGAAGAAGAUGAGGGUCGUUCUGUGGGCGAGCACUCAGAGCUACACGAGUUAAUCACCACAGCAGAGCUACUUCAGGACCAGUACCGAGUGCAAUGCUCCACCCCACCAGACAACACUGAAGUUGAGCACCUCCAAUCUGAAGUUGAGCGUCUCAGAGACUGUAUCCGGGCUCGAGAGGAACUCAUCUCCGGACUUCGUGAAGAUAUCAGCUUGAGACAAGAAAAGGAAUCCAGUUACAGGGAAAAAGUGGCUGAGUUGUACAGUGAGAUUGAGAAAAGCCAAGUUCGUCAAGAAGUCAAGGAUGUUAUUGAUUUCAGUGAUUCUUUCGUGUCAGGUCUUGAGGAGCAGCUCAAUAUCGCUCAGAGGAUCUUGAAGAUUAAGGAAGAGGAAAUAUCUGGUCUAAAUAGGAAAGUUAGUGAGUUGACAACUCGACCCAUGACUCCUACUUCGCCUGCUCCUAGAUUCGACAGUUAUGUGGAAAGCAAUGUCAAAGAGUCAAAUCAGAAGAUAACUGAUUUGAAUAAACAACUGGUAGAUGAGCGGGACCAAAACGUCAACUUACAGAUGAAUAUUGACGAACUAAACAGUCAGAUUUCAACUCUUCAAAAUGAUAACUCUAAAAAGACUGAAGAUAUCAAUCGAAUUGAGAAAGAAUAUGAAGCUGAAAUGUUGAACAUGUCCGCAAACUACAAGGACCAAAAAGCUUUGAACUGUGAAGAAUUAGGUCAACUCACCAGUAACGUUGAAGAUCUCAACUCUGAAAUAAAAGACUUGGAGCGUGACAAUAUGUAUCUUCGUGAGAAGUACGAGCGAGUGAAUCAGGAGCACAUUGCUCUCAUUUCUCAGCUGGAGAAUGAAGGCGAUGGAGAAGGGGUACAACUUCAUGCCAUCCAGGCGAAGUACAAUCUGAAGGAGCAGCAAUUGAAUAAUGCCCUUAACGAGAUCGACGUUCUGAGAGAGUCACUGCAAGCCAAACGUGAUGCAGUGAGCGAACUGGAGCACACUUUAUCGGAACAGCGCGGAGUUAAUGUAAACCUUCAAGAUCUCAUCAAUGAGCUGAAAGAUAAGUGCGAUGUUCUGGGCGAUAAGGAGUCCGAGUAUCAAAAACAGAUCAAUGGCCUCUGUCAAACUAUCAAAGGAUACGAAGCUGAUAAUGAUGAACUUCAAGCCACCCUUGCUGAAGCUACACAAAAACAAUCCAUGCAAGGAUCACAUAUCCAACACUCUAUUCGCGAUCUGAGCUCGGCGUUACAGGAGUUGAAACUUUCCAAGGAGAGUCUGAAAGUUGACGUGCAGUCUGACCUCAACAAUAUAGCUACGCAAUGGUCGGAGUGUGUCGAGGAAAUCAGGAACCAGACUCUUCAGAUAUUGUCUUCUGAUAAUGACAAUAAUCCUGCAGUUAACUCUAAGAUAUCAUUAAUUGUAUCCAGUAUCAAAAAGCUGCAGCAGAACUAUUUGUCCAUCAAGUCAGAGGUAGAAACAUUGCUUCGCUGCGAUGUGAACACUAUCUUCCCUGAACUAAAAAUAGAACUCGACAAAAUCGUUGUGCUAUCAGCUCAGAAAGAUGAGAGAAUUGAAUUUCUGGAGCAAGAGGUUCAAAAGUUUAAGACCACUGGUAAGAAGAUCAUAGAUAAGAUGAAAAAGCAGGUGAAAGAUAAAGAUAUGAUGCUAAAGAAAAUUGCAUCACAGUCCGGGGACGCGGCAGUCAUAGCACUUCAAGAAGCUAACACGUCAAUGACAAAGCAAAUUACUACUCUUGAGCGUGACAAUGAACUACUCACUACCGAUAUCUCUACUUUAAAGGAACAAUCUAUUCUUCUCGAAACUUCUCUGACCGAACAAAGCUCUAUCAGCAGUGAAGUGGAAACAUUUAUUCAUCAGUACCAGGCUAUCUAUCAGUGUCAGAUUAUCGAUAAUGAUUUCGAUAUCUGUGUUUUUAGUACUGCAGCCUCUCGAAUGAUAAACUUAGCUCAAAAUAACGCCGACCAGUUGCAGGAUAUGAAAUCCAAAGACGAAAAGAAUAUGAGUGUUAUCAAUGAACUUUCGUUAGAAGUGGAGGAUCUUAAAAGACUUCAGGAAAGCUUGACAGAUGAGAAUAAGAACACAAAAGAAGGAAAAGAAUCUCUGCAGAGGAAUUAUGAUGAGGUUUCAGAUCUGAUAGUCCAAAGAAAUAACGAAAUCGAAUCUUUGACGAAUGAAGUAUCGUCUUUACGGGACCUGAAAUCAGUUCUUAUAUCUAAGGAUGGGGAGAUCACUAAACUGAAAGAGACAGUUACCUCUCUUAAUGAUGAUAUAAACUCGACUCAACAGUCUCUUAGCAACAUGAAUUCAAGCAAUUCCAACAAAGUUUCAACUCUUCAAGUUGAGAUAGAAGAGUACAUGGAGAAGAACAAAUGUCUACAAUGGGACGUUUCUAACCUGACAGAAUCCUUGGACUGCAAGCAGCUAGAAAUAAAGAAGUUGACAGAUAAGUUGGAGCUGAUGAUGACUGACUGCCAAGAUAAAGAUGCCUCUAUUAGCGAGCUGAAUGUUAAGUGUGAAGAAUUGGAGCAGACUCUCGAUACCCUCACUUCUCAGGUCUCCUAUUUAGCUGAGGAAAAAGAUUCCCUAGAAAAAUCCUUGCUUGAAAAAGAAAGCGAGCUCGAUCAGUCUGUAAACAUGACCGUACCCACUCACGAUAACAUGUUAAAGGAAGCAUUAGCUGCGAAGACGAACGAAUGCAAGAAGUCCAUGGGAAUAAUCAAGAAAUUCAAAAUGAUUAAAGGAGAGACAGAUAACAAGUGCAAAUCAUUAGAAGUUCAAGUAGCAGAGUUGCAAAGACAACUUUCCAGCGCACAGGAAAAGUUAGCCGUCCAAAUACAAGCUAACGACAAACCGCCUACACCGAUUGAAUGUAUCGAGAUGACAGUAGAAGAAGUGCCAGAAAUCUCAGUGUCAGUACAAUCUGCUGUACAUGCUGGAGUGGAAUGUGUUGAUGACAGCUCAGCUAUUACGGACACUAAUUCCGCUAACGUACAUUCUUCAUCUGACCACGCGGCAGUGUCACGUGGAUCUGACAGCCAAUCAGCAGAUAUAAUUGCCGCUCAGGAAAGUACAAUCAGCUCGCUUCAAGGUGAGGUUGUACAUUUGUAUAACGAGUUGCGUUUGUUUGAAGAUAGUUGUGUUUCUAAAGACGACUUCAUUUCGACCCUCGGUGAGCAGCUUGCACUAAGUAAGCAACUUCUAGCCGAAACUAAACAGGACUGUGAAUCUAGAUUGGUUGAACUUCAAAGAGAGCACGUGGAGUACGAUGAGCUUGUAAGACGGAUGCAGAAAGAGAAAGAAGAAUGGUUAGAAAGAGAGAAGCAGUUGACGGCUCAAGCUAGCCUUACUGAAGCUGAAACAGUUAGACUGAUGAGCGGCAAGCUGCCAGUUCAAGAACAAGACGCAAUGUCGGAAGUGUCGCACACCUCUAUUAUGUCACAUGAUACAAGCUUCAUGUCAGUCAGCUCCAUACACAGAGACAUGCCCAAUGAUGUGGAGUCAUUACAAGCUGAACUUAUGAAGAAGAACAAACUAGCUUUCCUUAUCAAGACAAAAGCUAAGAAGUUGGAGUCGAGAGUGAAGGAUGCCAAGAGGGAAGCUGAUAAAAGUCGGGCUCAUGAUAGAGUCAAAGAAAAGAUCCUUGCAAUUGAAACUGAGCUCUCAAAUAUAACAGCUCAGCUAAGAAAUCUUUCUGCCGGCAAGAAGAUUGAGAGUCAGACUGUGAAGAUUGAUCCUAAGUACGUGGAAGAGAUAGAGGGUCGGCUAAAACAGAGCUCUGAAAAAUACGAACAGAUCAUGAUUGAAUAUCAAAAUCAUAUAAGAAUAAAGGAUGACGCUAUUGAUGAAGUCGAUCACUUAAAUCGUAACUUGCAAGAUCUUGAGGAUCAGAUGCAAUUAUUGCAGGAGGAUCUUCGUAAUAAAGAUGAUCUGCUAUGUGAACACAUCAAUGCUGCUGCUGAAGACGACGCAAGGAACGAUGCAAUCCGGGAUAAGUUCGCACAACAGAACGACGAACUGGGCCAUCUGAGAGAUCUCAACAAGAAGAUGAAAGAAGCUCUUAUCGAAGUGACAGACGAGUCUGCCCGGAUUGAGCAGACCUACAAGUCCACCAUGCACGAGUUAGAGGAGGAUGCAGAUCAGUUAAAAUGUGAUAAUGCUACUUUGAGUAACGAGCUUACAAAUUGCUGGGCUAAGAUCGAGGAUUUGGAAGAGCAGAACCAGAACUAUAUGAAUUUGUUGGAGAGUGCUCAUGUCCAACUUCGGGACCAGGGCUCCAAUAACCCUGAACUAGACAGUAUGAAAAACUUGAAUGAGAAUUUGAACGAGCAGCUGAAUCAGUAUGCCAAUGCAAAUCAGGAUUUAUCUGAGAGAUUAUCUGUGUCCGAACGGGAAAAGUUCGAGGUACUUGACCAGCUUGUUGAAGUGAAAGAGAUGUAUGACGAGUGUCUUGAGUCAAAAUCUGUCAUUUCUUCUGAGAAAGACAAAUUACUUUCUCUCAUCUUACACCUGGAAUCGAAGAUAAAAGAAAGCGAGCACACUUUAAGGGAGGAACUGGAUUCAUCAAACAGGACUCUUUCUGAAUUUGAAGCAUGCAAGGCUCAACUUGAAGCCCUUCAAGAUACCAAUACCCAAUUACUAUCUCAAUUAGAAUCAGCUAGUUCAUCCGUUGAGUCAACCAAAUCUGCGCUUUCCUCUAAGCUGAAACAUCUUCAGGAGGAACACUCUCUUGUCCGAAACCAGUUAGAAGAGUCUCAAUUUUCAGUUGAUUCCUUACAGGAGCAGUUAAACAUUGCAACCGACGAAAAGACUAAGACAAGUAUUCAGCUGGAGAAGGUCCAUAACCAAUUGAAUGAUAUUCUCAGUGAUCACCAAGGUUGUCCUGCAACUAUAGCUUCUUUGGAAAACAGGUGCAAUUCCUUGGAGGAAGAAAUCAUGAGUAACAGCGAGCUUAUUGAAUCUCUGAAAGAGGAGCAGAAUUUGAUCAUGGAAUCAAAUAUGGAGGUGGUCCGGGAGAAAGAUCUUGAAAUCGAAAGACUCAAUUCAAUUUGUCAAGAUAAUGCCGUUGUCGAAGAGACACUGACUUCUGUCAAUAUUGCAGUACAGAAACUAGAAGCAGAAAAAGAAAGACUCGAGCUUGCUAUCGCUGAAAAAGCGCUGAUUGAGGAAAACCUAAAGUCAGAAUUGGUGGCGAAUAAGGAAGCCAUUCAAAACCUUAAGAAAGAAAAAGACGAAGCAGAGUCAGCUUUCACUACGAUGAAGGCUGGAUUCGACACUGAGAUUACUGACAAAGAUGCCUCCCUUAAAUCUCUCCAGGAUAUAAUCGAGGAGACCAAGAUUUCCCUUGAUGAACUGAAAUCUUCUAAGUCGAUAGAACUCGAAUCAGCUAACACUCGGAAACAGGAACUAGAGAAUGAACUUUCAUCGUCUCAGAACUCCAUCUCAGAUUUGCAGAGACAGAUCGAAAGUCUUCAGGGUGAAUCGUCAGCAGCGUCUCUUGAUCUCUGUGCUAAGCGUGAACAACUCGAAAAGGAGCUGGAAUCUGCGCAAAGUACUAAAGAGGAGUUAGAAAAACAGGUGGAAGAACUAACGGCUACCAAUGCAGAGAACGCUGAGCGACUUCAUGAAGCAGGCUAUAACCUUGAGCAGUGGGCGUACUAUAACGAGACACAGCAACAGAUAAUGACAGACCUUCAGACCCAAGUUGCUACUCUUACUGAAGAAGCUGGUAGUAAAUCUGCUGAUCUUCAAGAUGAGAUUGAUAAGCUGAGUGGUGAAAUUGAGACGCUUUCUACAGAGAAAAACAAGCUUGACGACGAAUUGGCAAACUUGAAAAAUCAGAACGUGGAAGGGCAGUCGAAAAUAGAAUCUCUAAGCUCUGAAAUGGAAAGUUUAAUGUCAGAAAAACAGGUGUCCAGCCAGAAAUUGGAAGAAUUGGCUGAAAAAGAGAUUAACCUCAAUAAGGAAGUUGAAGAUUCCAACAAUAAGCUAAAGAUUUCUUUGGAGGCUCAAAGUAAUAUGGAAAGCCAAAUUUCUGAAUUGAAUACAGAACUAUUAUCUCUACAAGAAGACAGAAAUCAGAUAGCUGCAGAUAACAGUGUUUUGAAGACAGAAUUAAAAGAAUUUGAUGGGCAAACAAGCGAGGAGAUGGCUCAACUUAGGCUGAAUGUCGAAGAAAAAGAAAAAUGCAUCAGGAAAUAA